AUGGCAAGCUCGUCUCCACCCUGGAUCGAGCAGUUGUGGCGCUGGGUCGAGUCUAAUGGCGGGCAGUGCAACCUGGCAGAGCUCAGGGAGGUUUCACCGGGUAAGUCGAACAGAAGGCAUUUGGCCCUGGGGCAUCCAUCGGGACGAGAUGCUACUGCUGUCGCUGCCUGCGGGCUGCGAUGGCCAGGCCGAGGGGUUGGUUACCCACACGCCAACCCAUGCUUGCACAUUUUUACACCUCAUUAAUUCUGAUACAGUGUUGUGAGCCACGUCUUCAACGGCCCAUAGGUGAACGAGCGUUGGUCGCGGCGCACGCAGUGCCGCCUUCAACGUCGAUUGUCUCGAUUCCGUCACGACUGCUUUGCAACAAACUCAGUCUUGGCCCCCUGUAUUCCACGCAUGUGGCACGCUCCCUCACAUCGACACAAUUGAUCUCGCUUCAUUUGGCCUUGCGAUCCGCCGCCACCGAAGAAUCGCAGUUGGACGCGAACGGGCGAGCCCGCGGCACCACACCGAGGGAUUUCUUCCGCCCUUUCACGCAGUCACUUCCCACGAGAUUCGACUCUAUACCCCUGACUUGGGAGCUGGCCGCCAGUUCGUUCAAGCUACGCGACCGCUUCGAAAUCGAUGCCUCCGACAAGACGCCGUCCGGGCCCUCGCAGAGUCUGAGCGUUGACUUGUUAUCCUGUCUCGCGCCGAGCCUCUCCGUGCGCACCGACGACGUGAUCAACCGCUUCGAGGUGGACUGGAAAAGGUGCAGAGCGGUGUGGGACGAUCAUCUGGCGACUAAUCCCGAGGAGACGGACCGCUUGCGCUUCCAAGCGUUCCACAUCGCAUGGUGCAACGUCAAUACCCGUUGUCUCUACUACGACCUUGGUCUGCCUCAGACAGACAACCUCACGCUUUGCCCUAUAAUCGACAUGAUCAAUCACCGGUCGAGCAGGACGACGCAACCCCAAGGAACCUCUUCUUCGCUGUCGUUCUCGUCUCCGCCCGCUACUUCGACGACCGAGGACACUUAUCGACAGGGCGAUGAACUCGUCUUCUCGUACGGCGGUGAGUGAGACUUUACACCCAUUCUACGCCUCCACUUGCGUAAGUAAGCUGAAACUGACGGACGUGGCCGUUCCAGCCCAUGACAAUGCGUUGUUGAUGGCCGAGUACGGGUUCAAUUUGGGACCCAACAACUUGGAAAAUAACAACCUCGACCUCAGCAGCUACGUCGAGCAACUCGUGUUGGACGACCCGCAUGGCAGCGCCAAACGAGACCUAUUGGAAGCGGAAGGUUACUGGCGAGGCUGGACGAUCCAGGUCGAUCCGAACUCAGACGAAGCUUCUUACCCAUCUUUCCGUACGCUUGUUGCGUUGCGCCUGUUGCAUAUCGAGAGGCUUGAUCACGGAUCCGCCGCACUCCAGUCUUGGCAAGAUGUCAUCUCUGGCCUACUGGAUGUCGUCUCGGCUCGCAACGAAGCCAAAGUAGAGCAAACGCUGCUGCAUAUCGCAUCCCGAGUCGGGGACGAGUGCGUUCAGGUACUAAAGAGGUGCCAGAACCUGAUGCUGAAAUACGUACGACUGGAAAACGACGACGCCAUGACAGCCAAACACUGCUUGACGAUGUUGAAGGGCAUAGCCGAGUCUGACCGCUCCAUAGCCUCUCGCCUUCGGUUCGGAUAA